AUGGAUCAUUACCCUCGAAUAAACCGGGAUUCCGAAGAUUCUUACUCACACCCACCUAGGUCAAGAGCUAGCAGUACAGUCUCAACAACAGCAGGGUUUCGCAACUUGAAUCUUGUCGAUUCGUAUCAUAGCCGACCAGUAUCUUCGCGAGGACCCCAAGCGUCUUACACAAGUGGCCCUCAUUGCUCUGCGCCAUCAAUACCAAACCACGCAUCUUAUCCGGCUUUACCCUCCCGGGCUGCUUUGGAUGCUGAGUGGAACGAGAGACAAUUUCAAUCUCAAGACAUACCUUCAUUAAAGGUUGAACCAGUCCAGGAGUCUUUCCCUUCUACAUCUUCUUUACCACCACCUUCAGUAACAUCCACAAUGAGUACUGUAGCAGUAGCUUUCGAUCCCAGAUUGGAGAUGGGAAUUCCCCGCUCCACUUACACAUGGCCUGGUCUUGAGUCGGGUCAUGAUCUACUCGGGCACGAUCUAAGUUCUGUCGGCCACGGUUCAGAUGCUAGCAUGACUCCCCCGAGUGCCUCCCGAUCUUUAACUUCCAGCCCUCCACGGUUCACAUUUACGCCAGAGCAGCGAGAACUCAAGAGGCAGCGAGAUCAAGCUAGACGGGAUUCUAAGACAACAGUUCGAGCACGCCGCGCCAUGAGCACAUACUCCUCCGCUUCUCAGUCUCCUACGUUGUCAAUGCAUGAGUUUUCUUCUGCAUCGCCCGUGCCCGUGUACUCGACAGCGCCAUCGCAAAUAUCUCUUCUUGCAGAGCCUGCGACGACUAUGGCAGGAUCAUAUAUGCCAUCUUACUCAACAUCGCCUCUACCUGACCACGGCUCGCCGAUGUUUGCAUCUCACUUCUCUUCAUUGCCACCCGCCGAUUACUUGGGUUUGAACUAUUCUCCGGGCUACCCCCCGCCACCUCCAUCCGCGCAUGGCCUACCUUCGCACUACAGCCGCCCGUCACCCCCGAUGCCUGAACCUGCAAUGAUGUAUCCUGUCCAACCUCCUCAAGUUCUUUCUUCUGGUAGUGCUACCGGGCAGGAAUCCGGCCACGUCCGUGUUGUACAGAGCCGGCCCAAACCGCAAUGCUGGGAACACGGCUGCAACGGAAGACAGUUUUCCACCUUUAGCAACCUCCUGAGACACCAGCGUGAGAAGUCGGGACAAGCUGCUAAGGCAACAUGCCCCAACUGCGGUGCUGAGUUCACCAGGACUACUGCUCGCAAUGGACAUUUACUACACGACAAGUGCAAGCAAAGGCGAAACAACUAA